AAUGUUCACACUCACAGGUCAGCAGAUAUUCUGCCUUGAUAGUUUGUAAGUUAAGAUGCUUCCCUACUUACUAUAUACAAUACAGCAUUCAAGCAUUGCCAUGGUGAAGUUUCUAGCAGGCAGGCACACCCCCAUUCAAGGAGACCUCAGUUACCAAGUGACCUGAAAACACAAACACAUUAAGAGAAGCGACUGAAGAAAAGCACAGACCUAAAAGAAGAAUGUCACAUGGGUCAAAGUUAGAGCCCUAUUACAAUCACAGCAGGCCCGAUGUCUUGGAGGGUCGUAUGAGCAGUCAGGAGAGGACACUGGCAGUGUUGCUGGAGCAGGCUUUCAGGAUCAAAGAAGAGGUGGCAGCAGGCCUGCAGUCCACCCAGGGCUCUGCCCAGGUGCAGGCACUUUCUUGCAAGCUGCUGGAGAAUCACAUACUGACCAUCACCCGCAUCGUCAAGCAGCUUAGCUUGGACAUACAGGCACUGGAGAAACAAAUUGCUCAGCGAGACUCUGUUGCCUCUGAAACCACACUAGCUGUUCAACAGCUAGACCAGAAAAACAUGGCUAACGUAGGAGACCUGAGAGGAAGAGUGGCCAGGUGUGAUGCCAGUAUUGCCAAGCUGAGUGCUGAUGUGAGCUCUAGGGAGCGGAAGAUGAUUAGACUGCAGCAGGAGGUGGCAGAACUCAGGUCAGCUGUGGAUGCAAGGCUUAAGGAACUGGAAGCUAAGCUUCACCAUGACCUGAGAAAACUGGAGACCUCAUUGGCACAACACUCCCAUGGCCAAAAGAGCUCCAUGUCUGAUCUGCAGAGACAAGUUAAACUACUAGAAGACAUGUAAGGCCAUUAGUUAAAAUGGCACAACCCAAUCACACCUGGAUUACCUGUUAUGACACUAAGGCAUGUAAUAUUCUCAUUUUGCUUUUAAUCUAUUCCGAUUUGCUGCUCAGUUCUGUUCAUUCCAGAGUCGUGGUCAAAUAUUGACAAAAAGACAAAUAGAGUAUAAUUUUUCAUCUUUUAUUCAUCUAAGUUUCUGCAACAGGUAAAACAAUGACUAAAACAAAGAAAGAACAUUAUCACAAACAUAGGAUCAUGUAAUAUAUAUCCACUUGCCAAUCUACUGUAGGUUUGACCCUUUGUGUAUCCUUUCUAUGAGGAUGUCAGGUGAGCUAAAGGAAGCCAAGGAGCAGACAGAUCUGCUGAGGAAGUGGACAGAACAACAGCUAAACAGCUCUAUGCAAACACACACAGAGACCAGCCAACAACUCCGCUCACUACUACAAGACAAAAUGGUAGAGGCAGAGUCUAGAUUAGCUGACUGGCUGCGUGCUCUCGAGGCCAGGAUGGAGCACUUUGAGACCCAGUUGGACCGGGAGGCCUGUAGUCGGGCAGAGCAGCUGAAACACUCUGAAACCAGACUCAGUAAAAGAAUGACUGCAGUGGAGAACAGCCUUCAUCAGGAGCAGCAGCUGAUCAAACAGGAAUACCACAAAGGGUUCCUGUCUGUGCAUGAAGCCCUUGAGUCCCUGAGGCAGAUAGGUGACAUCAAAUCCCGCCUUGACAAGGAGAAGCUUCAGAAGGAUAUCAGGCACAUCUGCAGCAAAGUGGCAGAGCUCGGUGACCUGUGACAUUAUCAACUCAAGAGAUGCAACUGUUUAAUGUUGCACCUAUCCUGAAGGAAUUACUUGAGUCAAAAGCUUUUUAAACUGAAAGACCUACUGCGAGUGAAAGUGAUGAUUGUUUCCUCACUAGCUUUAUUCCUAUCUUAUUCUAGGACCCCACAGCUAUUCAGAAUGAGACUAUAUGUGAUAUAAUCCCUCUUUAAUCAUCAGAGAAAUUAUCUUGCAAUUUGAAGCCU